ACGGUACCUAGGUAGACGCUCCUUACCUCGCAAUGGGCGCCGCCGCAAUUGGCAGUCCUUGCCGGUAACUGGCAGCCAUGAAACUCGCUGAGGUAUAUUGUCAAGCAGCCCCGCGAGCCUUGAUCUAGUCAAAUUUAUGUGGGGGCGCCGCGACGGCGUCGUGCAUUUCGGCAGCGCAAAGGUGAAUUUUUUUGGCGCGCAAACGAGUAUUAGAUACAUUGCCCGACGCGCCGCGAGGCAUUGGUCCAGCCCGAGGCUUAGCACAAAAAUUUCUCCUGGGGCAUUGGCAGUGUGCGCGGUCUUGGGCGCUUCUCGCGUUUCGCUCACAAUACCGCCACUCGACGUCAAAGAAAUAAAGAGAAGUGAGAACGCACGGACGUGUUGCGUCGAGAACGAUGGUAUUUUUGGUGAUGUACCUAUCUCAUUCGUCAUACUCCUUCACAAUCUGUUCGAUUGUGGGUUUUCAUGACAUAUCGGAUCGAGAUGUUAGCGCGACGAGUUUUAUCUAUGGAACACGACACAAUCGACGAUCAAUGUUGAACAAUGCGUGAGCAUGGUUACAGACUAAUCGCGAAUUGUGGGGUAUCCACACCGAUUUGUGCCUUUGGAGGUCCUAUCGACAUCAACAUGUAGGAGUGGGUCCAUUUUGUUUGAGGGAUGCGUUUCAGGGUCCCAAGACGAAUUGAUACUACUUGGCAGAUCGUCGGUACGAUUGCAUCGUGUUGGAAGUACAUAUCGAUUAUGGGUAGAAAUGGCCCAUCGUCCUUGAACAUGAUGCCCCUGGCCAAAAUAUAAAUGAUGGAGCGCCCCGGGGUCCCAGAGUGACGCUCCAUGCCUGACCUAGACGUCGGUAGAUUACUAUUUUCGGAAGUAGUAGUUGUGAUGAGCUCAUGUUGUCGAUGGGGUUUUAGUCACAUUGUGGGGCUGCAACUACUGGUUCCAUGAUUUAGUUGGGUUUAAUAGGUCUGCGAUCCCAAGUUCUCUGCUUGUCACAGCACGAAUUGAGGUCGGCGCCGACUCUUACAGGUCCUCGAAGUCGAGACUACUCAGGGGUGUGUUCGACAUGGUGUUACAUGACAUGGGACACCUAGCAUGAUUUAGCUGGGAUCAGUAGGUGAUUCGCGCAAAGUCUACUGCUUGACACUUGAUGGUUAGAGGUCACGGCCUCAAAUUACAGGUCCUCGAAGUCGAGACUUUCGAGGGUGCUUUAGACCUAGUUCCUGAGGUUUCUAUC